UCAGAAUUUAUCAGAAUGAACGGCGAAAAUAUUCAAAAUGAGGCAGAAACUAAAACAAUUUGUGAAUUUCAAAUUUCUGAACAUAAAAUGAAUAUUUUGGACAGAGAAAUUGGUUAUUGUAGAUAUGGAAAAGGACAAACUAAUUUUCUCUUUAUAUGUGGUGGAGUUGGUUGCUACAAAAAAGAUUACCCAGAAAGUAUGCUUUCCGCUUACGACCCAGAGGCUGUAACAAUUAUUUGUAUCGACCCCCCAGGCUACGGUACAAGUCGGCCACCAGACAGAAAGCAAGAAAUUAACCGAUGCAAAAAAGAUGCUGGAUAUUGUAUUAAAUUAAUGGAGACUUUAGAAUUAACUCCUUUUGUUGUUCUGGGAUGGAGUGAAGGAGGAAGAACAGCAAUACACGUUGGGGGACAAGGAAAAACUUUGGUUAGUCAUAUAAUUCUUCUUUCAACUUCUACACAAGUUGACUUUCGUGGUGAUAUGGCUUUUAAAGGUAUGCGAAACACUACACAUUGGUUACCCACAGCAAAAGAAAGUUAUUUACAACAUUAUUCGGAAGAAUUUCUUAGAGAACAAUGGGCAGCAUUGUGUGAUGUUGUUGCGAUAGUUUAUAAAGACUUGGGUGGGCGUUUUCCUUCCGAUCAAGUUUUGUCUUCACUUAAAAUGCCUGUUCUAAUAAUUUAUGGUGCUUUAGACCGAUUUGUUUUGGAUCCUAAAUUAAUGAGCAAUAAAAUAAAGAAUGCUAGAGUAGAAGUUCACGCGCGAGGGGGCCACGACUUACAUAUUAAACAUUCUCGAUGGUUCGCACAGAUUACAACAAAUUUUGUCAAAGAGACAAUUUCACCUUUAAUUGCUAAUAAAAAUGGAGGAGUAAAAAUUAAAUGAAAAGGAAUUUUUUCAGAAAAGUUUUGUUUUUUAUAAAAAUUAAAAUGGC